UUGCCAUCCUUUUUCUCAUUGUUCUCGUUAAUUGUCCCAACGGCUCCAAUCCAAACACAGAUCAUAACCGAUGGAUAAGCGGAAAGCAGCUGUCCUCAAUGCCAAGCAGCAGGCUGCCACUAGAAAGAAAAAGAUAGCCAAACCUCAACCGCUUAUAAAGCCCGAAGAGUUGGCGAAGAAGUCUUCAACCUCUACUCCAAAUUCACCAAAACCAUCAGCACCUCUUAACCCACUUCAAACACAUUUAAACCAUGUAAAUACACACCCACCUCAUCACACUGCACCCGAAAAACGAUCAGAACCAUUGGAUGACAGUGACUAUUCCGACACUGACUCUAUGAUAUCAAACGAAGAGGAGGACUUGGAGGACUAUCGAAAGGGCGGAUAUCAUCCAGUAUCUAUCGGCGACAAAUUCAGUAACGGUAGAUAUGUUAUCAUUCGAAAACUUGGAUGGGGCCAUUUCUCGACCGUAUGGCUCGCUCGUGACCUACAGAAAGACCGCCAUGUUGCUUUGAAAAUAGUAAAAUCCGCAGCCCACUACACUGAAACGGCCGUCGACGAGAUCAAACUACUGGAACGUGUAUCAACAGCCAACACAGAAGCGGUGGGCCGAAACUAUGUUGCUCAGUUAUUGGAUCACUUUACGCAUCGUGGUCCAAAUGGUACCCAUAUUUGUAUGGCAUUUGAAGUAUUAGGCGAAAAUCUUCUUUCGGUCAUCAAACGGUAUAAACAUCGAGGUAUACCAACCAAUAUUGUCAAACAAAUCACCAAACAAGUUUUGCUCGGUCUGGAAUAUUUACAUACCGAGUGCAAUAUCAUUCAUACCGAUUUAAAGCCUGAGAAUGUUUUGGUCUGUAUACCAGAUGUUGAACGGUUUUUACGACGAGAGCAGUCCAUGGCAGAUAUUCACAAAUGCAACGAUUCUUCCAAAAGGGCGACUUUGGCCUCCCAACCUUUAUCUGGUACGACCACUCGAUCCGGUAGUAAUACGCCAUCUCCCGCUUCGACUUCCACUUUGAAUGUUGUGGAGCAAGGCAUCAAACAGACUGAGGCAACACCACCACCUCCUAGCGCCACUGUCAACAAAGGUAGCCUCACAAAGAACCAAAAAAAGAAACUCAAACAAAAGCUGAAGAAACAAGCCAACAAGAUGACCUCUACCGUGAUAGCAAGAGAUCGAGAUGAAGAGGACGAAGGAUCAAAUACUGAAAAGUCCUUUGUCUCUGACGCAGAUUCUCAAUCUGCGGAUCCCUCGGCUGAUCGUCGUGUCUCCAUGGACACAAGAAUUCGGAUAAGUCAAGUCGGAGAUAUGCUGGACAUGUUAGAGUUAACGGAUGCUGAGCAACAGCAACAGCCUUCUGAAACCGUAGCUACGUCUGUACUGGAUAUCACCGCCGUUCCACCAGAAACCCCCAAGUUCGCACCCGAAAAUGGGGAUACGUUUUUUGAUAGCCAGUGUGCAUCCAGUGAACAUGCCUUUGAUGAAAUAGUGGUCAAAAUUGCUGAUUUGGGUAAUGCGUGCUGGGUCGACCACCAUUUCACGGAUGAUAUUCAAACCCGCCAAUAUCGUAGCCCUGAAGUCAUAGUUGGCGCGAAGUGGGGUAUCAGUGCUGAUGUCUGGAGUCUUGCGUGUAUGACAUUUGAACUUUUGACCGGUGAUUAUCUCUUUGACCCUCAAUCUGGAAGCAGAUAUAGCAAAGAUGAUGACCAUAUGGCGCAAAUCGUUGAACUCGUUGGUUCGGUUCCAAAACAAUUGUCAUCCUCUGGUAAAUACUCAAAUGAAAUUUUCAAUCGCAAGGGGGAAUUGCGACAUAUACAUAAGCUUCGGCAUUGGCGAUUAAGCGAUGUGCUUCAUGAUAAGUAUCACCUAUCACGACACGGCGCAGACUUCCUCAGUAGCUUCCUUACGCCUAUGCUGGAUCUGAAUUCCGAAAAGAGAGUGGCUGCUGGAGUUAUGGUUGGCCAUCCUUGGCUUGCCGAGGUUAAGCUCCAGCAUGACAAGAGUGACGGACUUGAAGAAACCUUAGCUAUGAUGGAAGCACCACGGCCAUGGGAGGUCUGGGAGAAGAGACUUGAGCAAAAGCGAGAGGAAGAACGACAAACCGCUCUGGCUAAAGAAUACGAACGGGAAGAAGCAAACAAGGCUCGGCGAGCUGAUAUGAUUGCUGCUGCUCAGGAGAAGCAUCGCCAGGCGCAAGCUAGUUCCAAAGGAAGUGAUUAAUGAAAAGUUAAUUCCCCAAAAAAAUUUCUAUAAACCAUAAAAAUUACAGUAGAACCUCAGAAAAACCACACAAAUCUCCAACCCAUGUGUACGCACAAGAUCAUAGUACUAUUUUUCUUCAUUUAUUUCACCUUUUGCAUCCUCUAUAG